CUCGUUCAAAAAUGGCUGCUAAAGCAGAUCCAAACAAACAAGGCUGGGAAGAAUCCGAAUUUCCGAUUCUUUGCGAAACUUGCCUUGGAGACAACCCUUACGUUCGAAUGACAAGGCAAGGAUUUGGAAAAGAAUGCAAAGUUUGCUCUCGUCCCUUUACAAUCUUUAGAUGGCUUCCUGGAGCCGGGAUGCGAUACAAAAAAACAGAAAUUUGUCAAACAUGUGCUAAAUUAAAGAAUGUGUGCCAGACAUGUUUAUUGGAUUUACAAUACAAUCUUCCUGUGCAAGUUCGUGACACAGCUCUUAACGUUACUAAUGAUGCACCUAGGUCAGAAAUCAAUAGGGAAUAUUUUGCUCAAAACAUUGAAGGGAAGAUCUCAGGUGCUGAAAGUCUAAUUAAUUAUGGAAAAGCAGAUUCAUCUGGUCGAGAGAUGUUAAAAAAGCUUGCUAGAACAGAGCCUUAUUAUAAGCGCAAUAGACCACAUAUAUGUUCAUUUUUUGUUAAAGGGUCAUGUACACGUGGCGACGAAUGUCCAUACAGACACGAGAUACCCGAAGAAAAUGAAUUAUCCCAUCAAAACAUCAAAGAUCGUUAUUAUGGUACAAAUGACCCAGUUGCGAAAAAGAUUUUAAAUCGUGUGAAGGGCGGUAAUGGUUCAAAUAUCACACCACCAGAGGACAAGACAAUUACAUCGUUAUUUAUCACUGGAGUCGAGGAUGAUAUCGAUGAAGCUGACCUUAAAGGAUAUUUUUACGCGUUUGGUGAAAUUAAAUCAGUCGUAGUUGUACAUAAGUCACGAUGUGCCUUUAUUAAUUUUGCAACUAGAGCAUCGGCUGAACAAGCAAUAGAUAAAUCUCAUAGUAAUUUGAAUAUAAAAGAGCAUGAUUUGAAAAUCACCUGGGGGAGACCGCGUCCUACUGGACCCAAAACUGAAGUUCAGGCAGCUACUACCCAAAAUGUUGUUCUUCCUCCACUUGAAUCAAUGCAAAUUCCUGCACCUCCUGGUGAAGCGCCGUCAGAUUUUCUUUACCCGAGUCAAGAUCCAACUUAUCAAGGUUCUUCAACAAAAGGAUGAAAGCUUUCGAUGAAAGCUUUUUAUGUUUAAUAUCAAUGCAGUUGAGAUUACAAAUUUUAGAAAUUUAUGAUGUUUAAUUA